CCCGUUGACGUUUCCAUUUCCGCCACUCCACAGUCCACACCGAAAACAGAUCCAAAUCCCACCACACCAAUCCAUCCGCCCCCAUCUCCAUCCCCGUCGCCCGAUCCGAUCCGGUCCGAUCCCUCGCCAUGGCACCGUCGUUCUGGGGCCCCGAGUUCCCCCCGCAGCCGGCGGCGGUGUUCGACGACCUCGCACCCGUGGAGGCGGAGGAGGAGGAGGAGGACGCGUACGAGGACGAGAUGGAGGAGGAGGAGGAGGAUGAGCACGGCAGCGACGGGGAGGUCGUCCCGAUGGACACCGAGGACUCGGGCGAGGAGCUCGUCUACUCCGGCUGCGGCUGCAACAUGCUCACCCUGUCCUUCCCGGGCGCUGUGCACAUCUUCAUGUCUGCCUCCCCUGACAAGGUGUCGCAGGUGGAAGCUGCACUUUCGCUGCAGGGGCGAUUGGAUCCGGCGGACUCUACGACUGCACCGCCCGCCUCGCGCAACACGCUCACCAUGACCUUCCGGGGCGAGGAGUGCAAUUUCGACUCUGUAACCCCUGAUGAGGUGCAAGAUGUGCUUUUGUCGCUCGCGGGAAGGGAGCUGAUGGUCCCUAGGAUUGAGCUCAUAAUGGGGUUCCCGAACUGGAGCUACGAAUUCGACUCUGUAUCCCCUGAUAAGUUGCAAGCUGUACUUUCGCUGCUGGGGGGAAUGAAGCUGACGGUCUAUACGGCUGUGCCAUGUGCCUUGCACGACCAGCUCACUGAACCCUUGAUGUGUUGGAUCGACGUGUUGCACCCUGCACUCCCUGAUAAGGUGGAAGCUUUACUUUCGCUGCUCCGGGGAAACGAGCUCAACCCAGGCAUUGGUGGUGGAGCAUCACCAUCAAUUCCAUACAGACUAUUUUUACAGUCCAUAAACAAUGUUUGGUAAGGUUAUGUGCUGGAUGAUUCACAUGCGGCAGAGGUUGAAUUUACCCUGCUUCAGAUGUUGAAUUUCCUACACUGGUGGCACCGUUGAUGAGAUUUAGGGAGAAGCUGAAAAAGCAGGACUUUGUUAAGAAGAUCUGUUAUACUACUGUUUGGAAGAACUUGCACUAAGGAUGCAGCGCAGUAGAUGCCAAUUUACAUCUUCAAGGCCAAAACCUGAUAAAUCAGCAUCAGAGUUGGUAACUCCAGAUGGCUCCGAAAAUAGGGGAUUAGUGGAGGCUUGAUGUCUGUCUGCUGCCGAGUAAGGGUUACUACCCCCUCCUGGCUAUCUCCAUCCCCAUCGUCCGAUCUGAUCCUUCGCCAUGGCACAGUACGACGGCAAGCUGUACCAGCCUCGCCGGGGCCCCGAGCACCCCCUGCAGCCGGCGGAGGACCCGGAGGCGCACGCCGCGGAUGCUGUGAUUAACCACCUUGCUGUCACGGCGGCGGAGGUGGAGGUGGAGGCUAUGAUCGCGCACAAGGAGGAGCAUCAGCAGGAGGUGGAGGAGGGCGAGGGGGAUGGGCAGCAUGGGCAUGGGGAGCACGGCGGCAAGGUGGAGGUCGUCCAGAUGGAUGCCGGCCGCGGUGGCUGCUGCUGCUAUGGCAGCGGCAGUUGUGGCGGCCACACAGUUGGACCUACACAGGGCAAUGGUCUCUACAAUGGUGCCACACCCUUUUAUGUGAUGUAUAAGUCAAAUUAUAAAAAAGGGCAGCCCCGUGCAUGUAGCUCCCGCUUGCGCAGGGUCUGGGUAAGGGUCCGACCACUUUGGGUCUUCUGUACGCAGCUUUUCCCUGCAUUUCUGCAGGAGGCUGUUUCCAGGACUUGAACCCGUGACCAUAGUGACCUCAUGGUCACAAGACAACAGCUUUACCACGCGCCAAGGCUCCCCUUCUAUAAGCCAAAUUAUAGUUCAUGAAAAAUAUAAUAGUAUCGUGAUUUUAUGACAUGGUACUGCUGACAAAAGAAAACGAUUACUACUUACUAUUCUGAUGCUAACAGCCUUUUUUUAGACAAGAUUAUAUUUUGCUUGUUUGUCUAAAUUACCUCUGCAUGCAUUAUGCACAAAUACAAUUAACGGUUUUCAGAUUUUCCCUGUAUUUAUAGGAUGCAGCGCAAUAGAGACCAAUUUACAUCUUCAAGACCAAGACCUGAUGAAGCAACAUCAGAACUUGGCAACUCCAUAUGCCUCCCCAAAUAGGGAAUCAGUGGAGGGUCGACUCCGUCGGGUUGAGUAUAUUUUUCGUCCUCGAACUCUUCCGAAAGUUAAGAAAUCAUCCCUCAACUUCAAAACCACCAAAAGUCAGUCCCUCAACUAUGUAAACCGGAUACUUUUCGUCCCUAAUAACGUUUAAGGUGGUUUUAUUGUGACGUGGACCCUGUUUUGACUAAAACGGGCCACGUGGGUUGGUUUUGACCGCCAGGUCAAUCAACGGACUAAGGGCACCCACUGGGUCUCUCUGUUGCUCGCUUUCGCGUUCUCUCGAUCCAUUUUCCCAUUCAUGAACCCUAAAUAGAGUGGUGGCGGCAGCGAUUCCCUCUUGGGCGGCGGCGGCGGGCUGUGAGGCGGGGCUAUGGCGGCGCUCGUGGUGUGGCCUGCCGGUGACUGAGGCGUGGUGGUUGCUGGCUGAGCAUGGUGGCUGUGGUGGUGGCUCCUAGGGCACGGCGGCGGCGACGGCUGCGGCGGCGAUUUAGGCAGCGGCUGCGGCGGCGAUUUAGGCAGCGGCUGCGGCGGCGAUUCCCUCAUGGGCGGUGAUUGAGCCCCGUGGUUGCUGGUUGAGCACGGUGGCGGCUGCGCUGUGAAAUCCAGUUCAUCCUUUACUGUCAAUGUUACCUCCGGCCCGGCAAGUUCCCAAGUUGGCGGAAAUAAAGGAGCAAAGAAAGUGCCAGCAAAACUACCAGACUAGUGCUUGUUUGCUGCUGUUUGUUCUUAUGUCAGACCAUGUGAGAAUUCAUGUUUGUCAUUGUUCUAAGCUAUAUUCAGUACUAUUUCCCUUCCCCAUUUAGUACAGACUAUGUUCAACUAAAUUGGGUCGAGACUAUGUUCAGACUAUUUUCAAUUAAAUUGGGUUCAGAUUAUGUUCAACUAAAUUCAGUACAAUGAACUGAAAUGUCCAAACUAUUUUCAGUUAUAUUCAGAUUUUAUUAAGCUAUAUUCAGUGCAAACACUUUCCUUUUCUCUUGUUCUCACUUGUACACAUGCGCACACACACAUACUCAUGCACAAAGACUUGAUUGAUGUGGCAGUGAAAACAGUGCAUGUGGCCCGUUUCAGUCAAAACAGGGUCCACAUAAUAAAACCACCUUAAGUGUUAUGAGGAACGAAAAGUAUCCGGUUUAAAUAGUUGAGUGACGGAAAGUAUCUGGUUUAAAUAGUUGAGGGACUGACUUUGGGUGCUUUUGGAGUUGAGGGACGAUUUCUCAACUUUCGAAAGAGUUUGAGGACGAAAAAUAUACUUAUCCCACCUCUGUCUGCUGCUGAGUCCUGAGUAAGUUAAUAGUGGCCAAUGUACUUUGUUGUUAUUGUUUUAUAUGUAUUUUCAUUUUCCAGCAAAAGUUUAGAUGCUUUCUGUGGGAUUUGGCAGCUAUGCGUUGAGCCGUUGAGAAUCUUUGCUAUGCUUGAAAUUAAUUGAUCUAGUAUGCCAUAGUAGGUGCCACAAAAGAAACACGAUUCUUGCAGUUGGCGUCUACACAGCAUCAUAGUAUAUUGUUAGCUUUUUAUAGUCUAGCUUGUCUCUUUCCUGGGAUAUUCAGUUUUGUUUACUUUGUUAGUUGUGCAAGAAGGAUUGAUAUGGACUGAAGGCAUUAUCUGAUACCUAGCAUACAUGGAGAGAUGCUUCUUUCCAUAUGGUAUUGUUAUUGCUAAUUCUUACCUUUUUGGUUUCUUAAGCCUCAUCCCAAAUCCAGAAGCCUGAGAACUGUGGUACACAGAUUUUAAGGGUGAGUAUGAGGAGGGAGUGGCUUGCUCAUUAGUAAAUUCGGGUGUCCUUGGCACCCUCGUCUCCAUGGGAGAUGUAAAGUUGUCUUGGUCAUGAUCAUCUUAAUGAUUUUCUGGGUUCCUAGUUUUUUCUUAUUCCUAUGUAUCAAACACCCAACUUUACAAAAUUCAUGUGUUUUCUGAUUCUUUAUUUUGUGCAUGCUUUCGUAUUCUAUUAUUUUGUUUCCUGUUCCUAUGUUUUUAGAAUCCAGCGAACCAAGAGGCCCUUAGUGGGAUAUGGUUCUGAUGUGGUGGUGGCUUUGGUUACCAUGUGCCUAUGGAAGACCUCGUUGGGCGAGGAGAGCUUGGGAAAUUUAUAUCAUGUGCCUAUUGAAGGCCUCAUUUGCCGAUGAGUGCUCGGGAAAAUGUAUACCAAAUUCAAGAAAGGGCAGAGAUCAUAGAUGGGAGUCGACUUGAUACAGACCUGGAAGUUGCUAGACGAUCAGGUUCUCUGGAGACAUGGCGGGGAUGAUCCUUACCAGUGUCUGCUUGUAAGCUGAGGACACGAAAUCUCUCUGUAUGUUGUGAACAUGUUACGAUACAUCAGUUUGAUUUGUCCUCUUGCUGUGGGAGUUAGGACCACAUUUGAUUUUCUUUCUUGAGCAAGCAGUUAGCAAAAAUCUUUUACCGCGUAUGGACAGCUUCUUUGUGUUUCAUUACUCAUUAAAUGAGAUGAAACUUGUAUAUAAAAAGGUCACCUGUUUUGAAUAAAAAGACAGAAUCCUGGUAUCUUA